AUGGGUUGCGGACAGAGCUCAGAGUCCAAGGAGGGCAAGGCGCGGAAUGAGGAGAUUGAAAACCAGUUGAAGAGAGACAAGAUGAAUCUCCGAAAUGAGAUCAAGAUGUUGCUGCUCGGUGCCGGAGAGUCGGGCAAGUCGACCAUCCUGAAGCAGAUGAAGCUCAUUCACGAGGGCGGAUACUCAAGAGAUGAGCGUGAGAGUUUUCGGGAAAUCAUCUUCUCAAACACCUGCCAAUCGAUGCGCGUCAUUCUGGAGGCCAUGGAGAGCUUAGAACUGCCACUUGAUGACCAGCGAGCCGAGUACCACGUACAAACCAUCUUCAUGCAACCCGCGCAAAUCGAGGGCGACGUCCUACCUCCCGAGGUCGGCCAAGCCAUCAAGACCCUGUGGGCAGAUGCGGGUGUGCAGGCCGCAUUCCAAAGGAGUAGGGAAUACCAGCUCAACGACAGCGCGAAAUACUACUUCGACUCCAUCGACACCAUUGCCUCACCCACCUACAUCCCUUCUGACCAGGACGUUCUGCGAUCGCGUGUCAAGACGACUGGUAUCACCGAAACCACCUUUAUCAUUGGCGACUUGACAUACCGUAUGUUCGACGUCGGUGGUCAGAGGUCCGAGCGAAAGAAGUGGAUACACUGCUUUGAGAACGUAACCACGAUUCUGUUCUUGGUCGCCAUCUCGGAGUACGACCAGCUACUAUUUGAAGACGAAACAGUCAAUCGCAUGCAGGAAGCAUUGACUCUGUUCGACUCGAUCUGCAACAGCAGGUGGUUCACCAAGACCAGCAUCAUUCUGUUCCUGAACAAGAUCGACCGCUUCAAGGAGAAGCUGCCUGUGUCGCCCAUGAAGAACUACUUCCCGGACUACGAAGGUGGUCAGGACUACGGCGCAGCGUGCGACUACAUCCUCAACCGAUUCGUUUCGUAAGUUCGCCACCAUUAUUUGAUACUGCUCCCAGUACUGACAUCAACCCAGGCUCAACCAACAUCCGACGAAGCAAAUCUACACACACUUCACGUGUGCCACCGACACAAUGCAAAUAAGAUUCGUCAUGGCUGCGGUGAACGACAUCAUCAUCCAGGAGAAUCUACGCAUGUGCGGUCUGAUAUAA